UGAAAUAAGAAUCAAUAACGAUAAUUACUGCCCCCACUUGAUAGGAGGAACGCAUCGCGAGAGCCAGUUGGACAGAAAGGAUGCGUCGUGUUCUCUAUCGAAAGGAAAAAUCCCCCCUCCCCAUAUCGAAAACGAAAUUUGUGAUGCUGUAUUUGAGGUCACAAAUCGACUUGUCAUGCUAGAAGGCCAAGAGCCGCAGUCGUGGCCUCAUUUGCAGGCAAUUUGUCAUGCUGUUUCCCACUCCCAGCUGCCUCCUAUCAUGCUGAACAUGCAAGGCUUCCCCACGCCACCCAGCACUACAGUCCGCAUCUUUUCCCGUGUAGCAUUACAAAGCUGAUUUGUGACAACAAAUCUGCAUCACAGAUUUCCGUUUUGAUAUGGGGAGGGGGGAUUUUUCAUUUUGAUAUUCUCGUCGCGUCCGGCGCGACGGGCGCCGUGGUCGCGCUGAAAAGUCGGGCGGAAGCGGGCUAUCAAAUGUAAAAAUGUCUGGGUCUGGAAGAGUGUGAACUUGUCAUGCAGGUUUUCCAUGGCCCUUGAGGUCUGGAAUGCGGGACCUAGCAUGACAGAGCUUGCGAGGUCUCUUUCAUGCCUAUCCUGCAUGAGAAACUCCCUCCCAAGUUGGCCGAAAGUGGGCAGCUUUUUGCACUCAUGCAACACAGAUUUUUGCAUGAGUCGGAUUUAGCAUGACAAGUUGCAAUCUUCCAGACCCAGACAUUUUUGCAAUCCAUACGGGCAACAGCGGCAUCAAAAAAGUGAUUUCUCUACUCACGGACAUGAAGACGAAGGUGGAACAGGAAAUUACCGACGGCGACAAAGAGGCCGAGGAAUUCGAGAAUUGGUGCAUCAAAACGACCACGGAAGGAGAAGCGGACGUGAAGUACGGCGGGGAGAAGGUUGAGGAGUUAAAAGCAACUGUGGAGAACGAAGCAGCAAAGGCCUCCGGCUUCGCGAACGAGGUCUUGAGAUUUAUUUUGCGCUAGUUUUAUUCAUAGGGAAAUAAAAAGUGAAACAGCAUAUAAGUAGUACUAUUGAAACUAGAACUACUGUGAUUGUCAGAAUAAAAAACAUGUAGCAGAAAGAGAUGGAUGAUUAUCGGGCAAGAAAUUACGACGAUCUACUUGCAGUACAGUGAGUGCCAACAGCUGUAAAUCUAAAAGUCUCAUCAUCAACUCUCCCUCCAGGUUGCUACUUUGACUCCGGAGAUUGCCACACUGCAGGGCGAGCAAACAAAGGCUGCUGAUGAGUACGCAAAGGGAAAAAUGAAAUCCAACGGCAUAGAGAUACAAGUGUAUUCUGCACCGCAUGGUCUUUGUGCGUGGGCGGAGCACUAGCUGUAAGCAGAACAAUCUGGAUCAAAUGAUAAUGAGGCGUAGUAUACUCUACUUCGAGUUGAUUAAGGCACAUGCUACAGUUCGGCAUGACUUUUAUUGUCGUUGGAUUUUCCCUGCAUAGAAAACGCAAGGAGGCCCACGCGACGUUUCAAAAGGAAGAGGCGGAGCUAGUGGAGGCCGACACCAUGCUGCAGAAGGCAUACUCCGUCCUGAAGCGAUCCCUGUCCUUCACGCAGACGGACGGAAUCGCGUCCAGCAAGGCGGUUCGGGAAGCCCAGAACGCCGUCACGGCACUGUCCACCAUCAUCGAGUCAGUUGCGAUGGACGCGGAGAGCCAACAAAAGAUCAAGGCGUUCCUGGAGGAGUCGAACGAGCUCCGUCUGGGUAUGGCGUUCUCAACUGUUGCAUUCUCAACUGUUCCAUGAAUUUGUGAUGCAAGAACAGCAACAGCCAAAAGUAGGGCAAGCUUGCUGCUUUCGCAUCACAGAUUUGGCACAGACUUGGAUGCUGCUUCGCUUCUCGGGGAUUUGUCAUGCGAAGCCGCUUGAUCAUCUGGCGGCUUAAGGUAGUCUUGCGUGACAAAUUCAUGUGACAGUUCAGAGUGUAACGGUUGAGAAUGCCAUACUGGGCCAGCCGCAAGCAGUGUCGUCCAGCUACCAGAGCAAGUCCGGCGGAAUUCUAUGCGACUGAAAACAACUGCUUUUAAGUUUAACGAGAACUACAUCACCCACGGAACUGUUAUAAUAGUUGCGAAAUCUUUUGUCUUGCGGGUUGUAUUUUAAAAUUAACAUGAGUAGUUUUCCUUGUUCAACACGAGAGACCAACGAUGAACUUUUGUUCUCGCAUUGAAUAAUGAAGAAGUUCGGAAACAAAAUAUUGGCAAAUCUAAAGAAUCUCUUCCUUUCUUAUCGAAGAGGCAGUUUUGUUCAUCUCCAUAAACUUUGGACGCGAUUCAGGGCAUGCAGGAGAAGAACGCCGAGGUUCUGGCUGGUAUUCGGGAAAAAGAUCUCAAGGCCCGCCACGAGUUUGAGCUGCUGAUGCAGGAUUUGAAGAAUCAGGAGACCAGCAAAACCGAACAAAUGGAAGCAGCCAAGGAGAACGCGGCCAAGGCCGAGGCCGCGGGUAAGACCGCGGGCGGCGACCUCGCGUCCGCCGAGGAAGUGCUGAAGUCCGACACGGAGGAGCUGGCCAACACCAAGGCCGAGUGCGACUCCAAGGCCAAGAGCUGGGCCGCACGGAAGGAGGAAGCCACCCAGGAGUCCGGCGCCCUCGGGCAGGCGAUCGAGAUCCUCAGUGGCAAGUUCGGCGGCGAAUCCUUCUUGCAGGUAUUGGAAAUUUAUCUGACAGACCACGUUGAGCGAUCACUGCGGUCAUAAAGUGUUGCGAUUUACAUCUUCCUCAUUUUUUUCAGACGCUGCAUAUGAUGAUAGGGCAUGAAGAUUAGACCCACGGCAUGCUCAUUGCAUUUGAAUUUAAAAUUUUUUUUUUACCUGUGGGAAGUUCUAAUCGCAAUUCGCUUCCACCAUAUAAAAAUCCCUUUGGUUAUAAUUUCAGAUUUCCGACGAGGUUGGUUCCGAGGAGACGCAGAAGCGCGCGAAGGUGAGCCUGAUGCUCCGCCGACUGGGGCGCACCUACAACCAAUUUGCGCUGAUCCAGGCCGCCAACAGCGCCCAGGCCGACCCGUUUGUGAAGGUACGUGGCAUGAUUAAGGAGAUGAUCACAAAGUUGGAAGACGAGGCGGCGAAGGAGGCUUCCAAGGAGGCCAAGUGCAAGGCCGACAAGGAGAAGGGCACCAAGGACCUGAAGCUCCGCAAGGGCGAGUCCAAGAAGCUGCAGAGCCGGGUCGACGCCGCCGAGGCCAAGUUCGCGCAGCUGGGCACGGAGAUCAGCGAUUUGGAGGCGCAGUUGGCCGAGCUAGCCGCGGACGUCAAGGAGCGCACGGCCAUCCGUGGGAAGGAAAUAUGCAUUGCAAUAAAGCAUGUCUUGGUGGUCUGGAAGAUAGCGAAUAAUUUCUCAUGCUCAUUUCACACGACUUUGAGUUCUUUGGUGCAAUAAAUGCACGAAUAAAGCACCGUCUUGCCGGUCUUGCGCAUCUUGCCAUGCGGAAUUAUGCGCACCACAGCGCAGAAGCUCAUAAACUUGUCAUGCUUGGUCGGGUAAUAUUGCAGUUUGCUGAGCAUCUAGUACGCCUUCGAGCACUGCAACUUUCCGGAACCAGACAGUAGUUUUGCAUUUGAUAGGAAAAGAAGGAGAAUGACGCGGUGAUCAAGGACAGUGCUGAGUCCGUCGAGGCCAUCAACGGUGCCAUCACCGCCUUGUCCGAGUUCUACGGCAAGAGCACCAGCUUUCUGCAGCAGCCGCAGACCGACGCCGCGAACACCAUCAUCAGCAUUCUGGAGACCGCCCAGGAGGACUUUGAGAAGCUGAAGCAGGAGACGGAGGCUGCAGAGUCGGACGCGGUGGAGAAGUAUGAGAAGUUUAUGCAGGAGUCCCAGGUCGCGAAAGCCACCAAGGAGGCCGAGGUGAAGGGCAAGACGCAGGAGAAGGCGGGCGUGAAGGAGAGCAUCGGCAUGAUGUCCGAGGAUUUAACCGAGGCCAACAAGGCGCUGCAGGCGGCCACGGACUUUUUGAAGGGGGUCAUGGAGGCCUGCGCCAACAAGGCGAUGAGCUACGAGGAGCGCCAGAAGCGGCGCGAGGCCGAGAUCGCGGGGUUGAAGGACGCGCUGGAGAUCCUCAGCUCGGACGAGGAGUCCUUCCUGCAGGUCCGCGUAUCAAGUGUAAAUAGUUCAUCUGGGUCCUGCUCGGAAAAGCUCUGUGAUGUUGCAUAAAUCAGGGAUUGGUCAGCAAAAAACGCUGCGGAAAUGUAGUUGAACGUUCUUUAUUUGCAGGACAGGCAACAACAGAUUUCUUCGAGGAAGCCACGGAAUACAAAACUCGGAGUCCUCUUCACGCCAGACCGGCAUGACUAAUGAUCUCGCAAAGAUAUGAUCUGCGACAUGACCCAGAUCGACAUUUGCAAUGCAUAUCGCGCCACGCCGAGCAAGCCAGCGGAGAAAAAGCCACUGCUGGCGAGGAAGCAGAAGAAGGACGACUGCGUAUCCCGUGAAAAAACAUCCUCACCCCAGAGUUGUCAUGCAAUUCUGCAUGCCAAAAUGGUUUCUCAUGCGGAGCCCUGUGAGAAGCAUUUGCUAAUCGUGUUUUGGGAUUUGUCAUGCUGAUAUCAGCAUGCUAUGCUAGAUCUGUGAUGCUUCUGAGCUAGCUAAACAGGAUCACACUACGAGGGAAAUAAACCUGUCAUGCCAAACAACCAAAGCUGUGUGAUUUGUCUAGCAGAAUUCCCAUCUUGAGCUCUGGUGUGGGGACGUUUUCAAUCAGGAUACUGUGACUGCAUUUUGGAUAGCAAGUCGAACAAGAUGGUCAGCAAGAAGACCGGAGACGACUGCGAUUGCAUUUUGGAUUCCAAGCAACCCUCGAAGACCGUGGCCAUGGUGGUGCAGAAAGAGAAGGCGCAGAAAAAGAAGGACGACUGCGACUGCAUCCUGGAUAGCAAGUCCAACAAAAUGGUCAGCAAGAAGACCGGCGACGACUGCGAUUGCAUUUUGGAUUCCGCGAAGAAGGGCUUUUGAGUGCUGAAGGUUUGAAGAUUUUUGGUAGUACACCCACUUUCCGCCCGUGUCACAGCACACCCGAGAGGAAGCAGCACUUGACCACUGGGUGCGCACUUUCCAAGCAAACUUUCGUGGCCUUACUUGACACCGAGUUGAAGACCGUUUUAUUUUUUCAUUUUAUUUUUUUCAUUUUUACGUACUUAGUUGUAGUUCAGAUUUCAUGUUCGUAGUUCAGAUAGCAGAAGUUCAAGGUUUUUCCGUAGUUCAGAUAGCAAUGGUAUAAGUUCUUUUUUCCUCUGAUAGCAAUGGUUUUACUACAGUACAGAAGAUAGCGCGUGUUGUUUCGAUAGUUUUGAUAAGGUUGCAGCUGUGUAAUUUGAGUCUAUGGUUUCCCGUGAUAAAAAGAUGAAGAGCUCGUGUCGGGUUUUAGACCUUGCAAGUGUGCUGGGUCAGAUGUGCUUAGAAUCCUUGGGGACGUGCGAGUUUACACGCUUAGUGCGCUGGAUUUGUCCAGUUUGACAGGUGGAACGUUCCUGUUUUAGUUCAUGCGGUCCGUUUUGUGAACGCCCACGAACCCGGCUCCUUCGCUCCGUGCUUUAUCG